GCCCCGCGCCCAGCACCCCGAGCCCUCGGGAGCCGCCGCGCCGCGCCAUCGCCGGAGGUCGCCGCCGCAGCCACUGGGCAGAGGCGCGGGCACUGCAUCCGGGCCUGCCUUUGAGACAACCUCUGCGGCGGCGGCGCGCGCGGCCCGGAGACGCCAGGCUGGGGCAGCUUGGGCCUGGUCCAGGCCUCUCCUUCGCUGCCGCCGCCGCCGAGCCCGCGGCCCGCGUCCUUUUGCAGCCAGGGUUCAGCCUAGCUGCCUUCCCUCGGCGCCCUGUCCUGGAGCCAUGGGGCCCACCUAGCCCCUGCCUGCCCGGAUGUCCCGGCCCGGGGACUGCUGACCUCGGCUGCAGGGGGAGCGUCCCCCCAGCCCCCUUGCCGGCCUCUGCAGCCAGAGACCCUGGGUGAGCCCCGAGGCCAGACCUCCGGCCCAGCGCAGCCUCCCAUACCCCCCAGCCCCCGCCCCCCGCCCCUUCCUCCUCCUCCCAGGACUGGAUCAGAGAAGUCACUGUGGCCACUGGGGGGGGCCCUGCCCCCCCAGGUCUCACCGGCUGCCCCCAGGAGUCCACGGGGCGGCCGGGGUCCCCACCAGGCCUGGCAGGACCAGAAUGCUGCCCCUUCUCCUCCCCCCCGGCCUCACCCAACGCUCCCACCCACCCGAACACCCAGUCUGACUGGAGACAGCCGGAUGCCGGCUGACCCUGGGCCCGAGGCGGGCAGUGGCUGGCCGGGCCUCCUCAUGUCCUGCCUGAAGGGCCCCCAUGUCAUCCUCAAGAUGGAGGCCAUGAAGAUUGUCCACCCUGAGAAGUUCCCCGAGCUGCAAACGGCUGCUCCCUGCUUCCCACCUGCACCUCGGCCUGCCCCUGCUCCGGCACCCAAGCGCGCCUGGCCCUCAGACACAGAGAUCAUUGUCAACCAGGCAUGUGGGGGGGACAUGCCUGCCUUGGAAGGGGCACCCCGCACACCACCCCUGCCACGGAGGCCCCGCAAGGGCAGCGCGGAGCUGGGCUUCCCCCGAGUGGCACCAGCGGACGAGGUCAUCGUGAAUCAGUACGUGAUGCGGCCUGGCCCUGCUGCCUCGGGGGCCCCCACGGCAGCAGCCCCAGCUGUGGGUGAGCCCCUGGAGUGCCCCACGUGCGGGCACACAUACAACGUCACCCAGCGGCGGCCGCGCGUGCUGUCCUGCCUGCACUCUGUGUGCGAGCAGUGCCUGCAGAUCCUCUACGAGUCCUGCCCCAAGUACAAGUUCAUCUCCUGUCCCACCUGCCGCCGUGAGACUGUGCUCUUCACUGACUACGGCCUGGCUGCGCUGGCCGUCAACACGUCCAUCUUGAGCCGCCUGCCACCCGAGGCCCUGACUGCCCCAUCUGGUGGCCAGUGGGGGGGUGAGCCUGAGGGCAGUUGCUACCAGACCUUCCGGCAGUACUGUGGGGCUGCGUGCACCUGCCACGUGAGGAACCCACUAUCUGCCUGCUCCAUCAUGUAGUGCCCACCCGCCUGCCACCGCCUGCUGGUCCUUGCUCGCCGCUUCUUCAGGGAUCUGGCCCUACCUGUUGCCCGCUGACCCCUCACCCACCACAGCUUCUGGCCCCCACCGUGUGGCAUUGUCACUGCAGCCAACUUUGCCAUUAAAACUCUUUGCCAAAGUUU